UGGAUUAGGCCUCCUGCGCCACAGCAUUUCGGGUCCGAGACUCAACACCACCGUGUCUCGCGCCCGAGAGGUGCUGUGGAAGAGGUCGAGGACCCGAAGUAAGGGAUUUUGGGAUCGUAAAUCUUGCAGAUCUCACAGAGUGCCAGUAAAUAAAUAGGCAUAUGGGUUCGAGUAAAUGCGGCACCAGCACCAAGCACUUCCUCUUUACCUUGUUAACCUUACACCUUUAUUACCAUGGCCUCCAAAGAAGCCCAUACCUCAUCUAAGCAGUCGGUCAAGUCCGACCAGCUGGUUGAUGCAUCUAAAUCUGAAUCUCAGUCAGCUUCUGUUUCGCAUUCUCAAUACCCAUCAACAAAACGUGUGGCAAUCACCAUGUCUUCCAUCUACAUUACCAUGUUUCUCAUCGCACUUGACAAGACCAUCCUCGUCCCCGCGAUUCCAGUAAUCACCAACCACUUUCAGUCUCUGGGUGACAUCGGUUGGUAUGGCAGCGCGUACAUGCUCACGUUAUGCGCUUUCCAGCUCUUCUGGGGCCGCAUAUACACGCUGUCAUCGACCUCGUGUCUGCCAAAACCAUUCGACUCGCCUAAAUCAAUCCUCCUUGCAGCCAUCACGGUCUUCGAAGUUGGGUCCGCGAUCUGUGGCGCAGCUGCCAGCUCCUCAAUGUUCAUUGCUGGACGCGCUAUAGCUGGGCUCGGUAGUGCUGGCAUGAUGAAUGGCGCGAUCGUAGUCAUGAUCGCCAUUGUGCCCUUGAAGAAGAGACCGUUGCUUCAAGGCCUGAUCGGCGCCGUGUUUGGUAUUGCAAGCGUGGUUGGACCUAUGCUUGGUGGAGUUUUCACCGAGAAAGCCUCAUGGAGAUGGUGCUUCUACAUCAACCUGCCGCUUGGUGCAGUCGUGGUGGCCAUCUUGGUCGUGGUGCUUCGAUUGCCGAAGAUUGACAGCGAAAGAGCCUCGACCGAGAAAAGAUCCGUCGCCCAGAUCUUCUCAAGCCUUGACCCUUUUGGCCUUGCGACAUUCAUACCAUCCAUCAUAUGCCUCUUGCUGGCCCUUCAGUGGGGAGGCACAACCUAUGAUUGGUCCAACUGGCGCAUCAUCCUGCUUCUCACGCUCUCACCGAUUUUACUUGCCGCUUUCUUAGCCACUCAAAUUCUUCGACCAAAGACUGCCAUCCUUCCAAUACGCAUCCUUACGCAACGCAGCAUAGCCCUGUCCUUCCUCUUCACCUUCUCCAGCCAAGCCGCCAUGUUGGUCAUAACGUACUACAUUCCGCUCUACUUCCAGGCUAUUAAGAACUUUUCGCCUCUUGAUUCUGGGCUGGCCCUUCUGCCGUUUCUGCUAUCUCUCGUAAUCGGAUCCAUUGUUGCCGGCGGCCUGGUUCAGCGCCUUGGCUAUCCAGCCCCAUUUAUGAUUGCAUCGGCGAUUCUCGGUAGCAUUGGCGCAGGAGUGAUAUCAACGUGGCCAGUCGAUGUUCAUCAGUCAAUGUGGAUCGGUACCCAAGUUUUAUUCGGCUUCGGGGCCGGCAUUGGCAUGCAGCAACCCACCAUUACAGCUCAGAUCGUGCUCCCAAAGAAAGAUCAUCCGACAGGUAUAGCACUCAUGUUCUUCGGCCAGAAUCUAGGUGGUGCCAUCUUUGUCAGCGUAGCUCAGAACGUUUUCAUCGAUGCAUUGGCAAGCAAGCUGAGCAGAGUACCCGGACUGCAUCUUGACAAAGCAAGCAUUGUUCGUUUGGGUGCAACAUCAAUCAAAACUGCUGUGGCACCGCAAAAUCUGGAAAUGGUCAUUGAAAGCUAUCGUGGUGCUCUCCGUAGCGCUUUCUUAGUGGGAACAGGGCUUGUUGCUUUUAGCGCAAUCGGUGCGAUAUUUGUGGAAUGGAGAAGCACGAAAGAGAACAAGGGAGAAACAGCAGGCGCUGACAGCACUGAGCAGAAAGUUUAACCAUCUGGAUGAGAAGUAUGGAUACCACUAAUGUAUCGUCUAUGUAGUUGCGUUGGUAUCAAAUGUUAUUCUACACUUCA